AGAGUGGAAUCCCUGUUUACUGUUGCAAGUUUUAAUAGGUAUUUUGAUAACCUUUGACAUUAAAGAGAUUAUAAGUUCAUGAAAUGUGUGACUGUGCCAUUUUUAGUGUUUUCUUAUCGCAUAACCGUUGAGAAGUAGUUGGCAUUUACGAAAUUUAAAUAACAGAUGCCGAAAUUUAAAUUUCAUUUUUUUUUAAUUGAUACGCUUUAAUACCUACUUUAAUUUACAUAUUUAUACAGAACUCUGCUAUUAGUGCCUGUACUCGGUAGUCGCAAGAUGUCUUUUUUGUGGCUUUUAUUGAUAAUUCAAGCUUUAUCAGUGCAGUGUAUGUUUUACCGGUAUCCAAAACUAAAUCUCACAGAGCCAGAUGGUGGAGAUCCUGGAUCACCAUUGUUUUUGACGCAGUAUGUUGAAAGUGGUAAUAUAACGGAAGGUCGACGACUCGCUCGAGUUGAAUUCACAGAAGCUUUACGUAUUAAGAGUUAUUCCGGAUUCUUUACUGUCAACAAGAAAUAUGAUUCAAAUCAAUUUUUCUGGUACUUCCCAGCCAUGGUACCAAAUAAUAAGGAUGCGCCAGUUAUCGUGUGGCUUCAAGGAGGUCCCGGAGCAUCCUCCCUUUAUGGACUUUUUACUGAAAAUGGCCCGCUAAGAGUUCGAGAUGGUAAAUUUGAAAGACGUAAAUAUAACUGGGCUCUUAGUCACCACAUAAUCUAUAUAGAUAAUCCUGUUGGCACAGGCUUUAGCUUUACAAAGGAUCCUAAAGGCUAUUGUACAGACCAGACUCAAGUUGGUGAGGACCUGUAUAAUACUCUAAUACAGUUCUUUCAGCUCUUUCCAGAACUACAGAAAAACAAAUUCUUUAUAACUGGAGAGUCCUAUGCUGGUAAAUAUGUUCCAGCAUUGGCUUACACUAUUCAUAAAAAAAACCAGAAUGCGCAAUUAAAAAUUAAUCUUAAAGCUAUUGCUAUAGGAAAUGGCUUGAGUGACCCCGAACAUCAAUUGUUGUACAGUAAGUAUUUAUAUCAAAUUGGUUUGUUAGAUUGGAACCAAGCUAAGGUAUUUGCUGAGUAUGAAGACAAAGUCGUCACUCUAAUUAAAGAAAAGAAAUGGAUUCCUGCCUUUGAGGCGUUUGAUACUUUGUUAAAUGGAGAUUUAAUUGAUGGUAAAAGUUUGUUUUACAACAUGACUGGAUUUGAGUUUUAUUUUAACUUUUUACAUACAAAAGAUUAUUUCACCAAGAUGGAUUUUGGACCAAUGUUACAGAAAUCUUCUGUUCGCAAGGAAAUCCAUGUUGGUGCCCUUCCAUUUAACAGUGGAAAAGAGGUUGAAGAACACUUGAAAGCAGAUAUAAUGCAAUCUGUUGCUCCAUGGAUCUCUGAGUUACUUGAUCAUUACUAUGUAGUUGUUUACAAUGGUCAAAUUGAUAUUAUUGUUGCUUACCCAAAUACUCUUAAUUACUUAAGAAAUCUCAAUUUUACUGGUGCAGGUGACUAUAAGACUGCUAAAAGGUACCAAUGGAAGGUUGAUGGUGAGUUGGCUGGUUAUGUGAAGCAAGCAGGAAAGCUGGUGGAAUUAAUGGUUCGAAAUGCAGGCCACAUGGUGCCUGGAGAUCAACCAAAAUGGGCUCUUGAUAUGAUCACUCAUCUCACUCAUGAAAAGAUGUUUACUAAGAAUACUCUGUAAAUAGUUAUUUUUCAUUCUUGUCAAAGAAGAUAAUAUGUUAUGAUUAUAGAUGAUAAGUUUAUAAGAAUAUAUAAAAAUAAAUGGUUUAUGUAGAA